AUGUUCGACGAUCGGAUCGGAGUGGCCAGAAGGCUGCAGAGCAUCGAGGCAUACACCAUUCUCACGUAUCUCAGGGACUCUGUGGCCAAGAUUCGCAAGUUCCCGCAUUCGAAUUAUGUGCAGGUGAGUGGGAAUAUGGUACAUCAUGACGUCACCUCUCUUCAGAUAUUCUCCGGCCACGACGUCACAGUCGGUCCUAUUCUGCGAGUGCUCGGAGUUCCGUUCGUCGAUCCGCCCCACUACACUUCCCGAAUCGUCUUCGAGAUUUACGAGCACUCCGAUGAGGGAAUCUUCAUCCGAUUACUGUAUAAUGGAAGGAAUAGAACUUACGACGUCCGAUUCUGCCAUGUAAUCCCUUCCGUAUUGUCUUCUCAAUUGAAACUACCGUGUUCAGGGUGACAACCUCAAGUACGGUAUGUGCAAAGCGUCGGCGUUCGAGCAUUUCGCCAAGGACGGAUUGUUCAAGCUGGCGGGAGUGUCUGAAUUCAAAGAGUUGUGUUAUGUAUGA